CAGGCGACACGGCAGGAAACCUUUAACAGCAAAUGCUUGGUUUUAGCGGGGAAACGGUGAACGAAGAUAAUAAGCUCAGGAGGAGGUCCGGACCGACUCUGCUCCGCGCCGUGCAAGUGUCACAGAAACUGGCGAGCACGCCAAAAGAGGCGUUGCGUCCAGAUGGCUCUCUGCUCAUCUAUGUCCUUUCUCUUUUGGCAAAAUUGGUAAAUCUCUUUCUAAAAUCACCAUAAAACCCAAACCCAAAUAGAAACAAAGAAGUCACUCCGUAGAUACCUCUUCAUCCCCUUUCUCAUCGAUCCCUUCUCCCCCCAAUCCCUCUCUCGCUCCCCAAAGUUCUGUUCUCUUCAUUCAUUAUUCUCUGCUCUUCGAGCGCUUCUUCUGGUUCUAGGGUUUCUCUUUGCUCGAUUGGGAACCUUAUGCAGCUGUAGAUCGGUCUGGUCAGAGACAGGGAGUGUGAGAUUGAUUUUUGGUCGAUGUCCACGUGAUUAGGUACUGGUUCUGAAUACCCUACCGAGUGUACUCGGAGGCUUGACUGAGCGACGGUGGUUUUUGGGAAUUCGGGGGACGUCUUGUUUUGCUGUUGAUGACUGUUAUCUUACAAGCCAGUGUUAUAUGAGAGGAAAGACGUUUUCCUGGUUUGGAAUUUCAAAAAUAGAACCUUCGGCUUUUCGAGAAGUAUGUACUCUUGUCAACUUUAGCAGGCGCAAUGGAGCAUGAGUUGCGUUGUUGACCGCUUAAUAGUUAGAGGAAGCAGGUUCGAUUGCUGAUAGUUGUUGGCAGGGAGAGGUUCAUCUUCAGUCAUGCCAUCACUUCAACUAUUGCAUUUGUCGGAGCAUGGCCGAGGCCUUUUGGCUUCAAGGAGGAGAACGUUACUUGUUGCCACUGGGGUCUUGGUUGCUGGGGGUACAGCUGCAUAUAUGCAAUCACGGUUUUGCUCUAAGAGGCCUGUUGGUUGCUACAACGGACUUGAUGAUAGUAAGGAAAAAUUGGAUAAGAUGGCUGCUGAUGUUAAUAUUGUGAAGAAGAGUAAACAGAAGAAAGGAGGAUUGAAGUCACUUCAGGUUUUAGCUGCGAUUCUUAUAUCUCAGAUGGGUCGAAUGGGUGCAAGGGACCUUCUAGCAUUAGUGGCCGUAGUGGUGUUGCGAACCGCUUUGAGCAACAGACUGGCUAAAGUUCAAGGAUUUCUAUUUCGUGCUGCUUUUCUCCGACGUGUACCUACAUUUCUUCGGCUAAUUUUUGAAAAUCUUCUGUUGUGUUUCCUUCAGUCCACGUUGCAUUCUACAUCAAAAUACAUAACAGGGACCUUAAGUCUGCGUUUCAGAAAAAUAUUGACAAAACUUAUCCAUGCGCAUUAUUUUGAGAAUAUGGCAUACUACAAAAUAUCUCAUGUUGAUGGUCGUAUAACUAAUCCUGAACAACGGAUUGCAAGUGAUGUGCCGCGGUUCUGUUCAGAAUUGAGUGACCUUGUGCAAGAAGAUCUGACAGCGAUUACUGAUGGUUUGCUCUACACCUGGCGCCUGUGUUCUUAUGCAAGUCCAAAAUAUGUGUUUUGGAUAUUGGCCUAUGUAACUGGAGCAGGGGCCAUGAUUAGAAAAUUCUCUCCUGCAUUUGGAAAAUUAAUGUCCAAAGAGCAACAACUGGAAGGUGAGUAUCGACAGCUUCAUUCACGGUUAAGGACUUAUGCAGAAAGUGUUGCAUUUUAUGGAGGAGAAACGAGAGAGGAAUCUCAUAUUCAACAGAAAUUUAAGACAUUGAUUAGGCAUAUGCGUAUUGUUCUUCAUGACCAUUGGUGGUUUGGCAUGAUUCAAGACUUCUUAUUGAAGUAUCUGGGAGCUACCGUUGCUGCUGUCCUGAUUAUUGAGCCCUUCUUUUCUGGUGAUUUGCGACCUGAGGCUUCAACCUUGGGGCGGGCGGAGAUGUUAAGCAAUAUAAGAUAUCAUACUAGUGUUAUAAUAUCACUAUUUCAAUCCCUGGGAACUCUUUCUAUUAGUUCAAGGCGGCUAAAUCGUCUCAGUGGUUAUGCUGACCGCAUUCAUGAGUUAAUGGUCAUAUCAAGAGAGCUUAGUAGUGUUCAUGAUAAAUUGACGCUGCAGAGAAAUGGAAGUAGGAAUUAUGUUAGUCAAGCUAAUUACAUCGAGUUUGCUGGUGUUAAGGUUGUUACACCUACUGGUCAUGUCUUGGUGGAGGAUUUGACACUCAAGGUUGAAUCUGGAUCUAAUCUUCUAAUUACAGGUCCAAAUGGUAGUGGCAAAAGUUCGCUUUUCCGAGUUCUAGGAGGUCUUUGGCCUCUUGUGUCUGGUCAUAUUGUGAAGCCUGGGAUUGGUUCUGAUCUUAAUAAGGAGAUUUUCUAUGUUCCUCAAAGACCAUAUACGGCUGUAGGAACACUGCGCGACCAGUUAAUUUAUCCUCUCACUGAAGAUCAAGAGGUUGAACCACUCACACAUGAUGGUGUGGUCGAGUUAUUGAAAAAUGUUGACCUUGAGUAUCUAUUGGAGCGUUACCCUCCUGAAAAAGAGAUAAAUUGGGGGGAUGAACUUUCUCUUGGGGAGCAGCAGAGGUUGGGGAUGGCCAGACUGUUCUACCAUAAACCCAAAUUUGCUAUUCUUGAUGAAUGCACGAGUGCUGUCACAACUGAUAUGGAGGAACGUUUCUGUGCUAAAGUUAGAGCCAUGGGUACAUCAUGCAUCACUAUAUCACAUCGUCCUGCCCUAGUUGCAUUUCAUGAUGUGGUUUUGUCCCUAGAUGGUGAAGGAGGCUGGAGUGUUCAUUGCAAAACAUUGGACAUGGAUGAUUCUCCAGCCCUUGAGGGAGCUGCUACUAAUCAGAUAAGAACUUUUGAAACAGACCGCCAAAGUGAUGCAAUGGCAGUGCAACGAGCAUUUGCCACCAAUAGGAAGGACUCUGCAUUCUCAUCUUCGAAGGCACAAUCCUACAUUUCAAAAGUAAUAGCAGCAUCUCACCCUGUGGAUCCUAGCCUUCCAUUGCCUGUUGUUCCACAACUUCAGAGUGCUCCUAGGAUGUUCCCAUUAAGGGUAGCUGCCAUGUGCAAAGUUCUGGUACCCACAGUUUUUGAUAAACAAGGGGCACAACUUCUGGCAGUUGCUUUACUUGUUUUUUCUAGGACAUGGAUAUCAGAUCGCAUUGCUUCUUUGAAUGGGACUACUGUAAAAUAUGUUUUGGAGCAGGAUAAGGCGUCUUUUGUUCGGCUAAUUGGUGUUAGCAUUCUUCAAAGUGUUGCUUCUUCUUUUGUUGCACCUUCUUUGAGGCAUUUGACAGCUAGGCUGGCCCUUGGAUGGAGGAUUCGUUUGACUCAACAUUUACUGAAGACCUACUUAAGGAAUAAUGCAUUUUACAAAGUCUUCCAUAUGUCAAAUAAAAAUAUCGAUGCAGAUCAAAGAAUAACUCAUGAUCUGGAAAAGUUGAGUACUGAUUUAUCAGGACUGCUUACCGGAAUGGUAAAGCCAUCUGUUGAUAUUCUAUGGUUCACCUGGAGAAUGAAGCUGCUAACAGGUCGAAGGGGAGUUGCUAUUUUGUAUGCUUAUAUGCUACUGGGUUUGGGUUUUCUAAGGAGUGUUACUCCUGAAUUUGGUGACUUGGCAAGUCGAGAGCAGCAACUUGAAGGAACAUUUAGGUUUAUGCAUGCAAGACUCUGUACCCAUGCUGAAUCUGUUGCUUUUUUUGGGGGUGGUGCUCGAGAAAAAGCGAUGGUUGAGGCACGGUUUAAGGAGCUUCUUGAUCACUCUAUGUUGCUUCUAAAGAAGAAAUGGCUCUUUGGUAUGCUUGAUGAAUUUAUCACAAAGCAACUCCCACACAAUGUGACUUGGGGUUUGAGCUUGUUAUAUGCAAUGGAGCACGAGGGAGAUCGAGCUUUGACUUCCACUCAAGCUCAUCUGGCGCAUGCAUUGCGGUUCUUAGCAUCCGUUGUAUCUCAAAGCUUUCUAGCUUUUGGUGACAUACUUGAAUUACAUCAAAAAUUUCUUGAACUUUCGGGUGGUAUCAAUCGAAUAUUUGAGCUUGAAGAGCUCUUAGAUGCUGCUCAAUCUGGAGAUCCUGUUAGUAAUGCUUCCUUGCCAUCUAAAAGGAGUGAGAGUUACUCUGAAGAAAGCAUUUCAUUCUCCGAAGUGGAUAUCAUUACUCCAGCGCAGAAAAUGUUGGCGAGGCAGUUGACAUGUGACAUAAUUCCGGGGAAAAGCCUGCUUGUAACUGGUCCGAAUGGGAGUGGUAAAAGCUCCAUUUUCAGAGUUUUACGAGGCCUUUGGCCCAUCGUGAGUGGAAGACUCAGCAAACCAUCCCAACAUGUUAAUGAAGCAGCUGGACUUGGUUGCAGUGUCUUCUAUGUUCCCCAGCGACCUUAUACAUGCCUAGGUACCUUAAGGGAUCAAAUCAUUUAUCCCCUCUCUCAUGAGGAAGCAGAGCUGAGGGUAUUAAAUUUACAUGGAGAAGGCAAAAAAUCUUCUGCCACCUCAAACAUUCUGGAUACGCAUUUGAGAACUAUUCUAGAAAGUGUUCGAUUAAUUUAUCUUCUGGAACGGGAUGAAUGUGGCUGGGAUGCUAAUUUAAACUGGGAAGACAUUCUAUCUCUUGGUGAGCAGCAGAGAUUGGGCAUGGCGCGCCUGUUCUUUCACAAGCCAAAAUUUGGCAUCCUUGAUGAGUGCACCAAUGCAACAAGCGUUGAUGUUGAAGAACAUCUUUAUAGACUUGCAAAGGAUAUGGGUAUAACAGUUGUUACCUCCUCACAACGCCCUGCCCUGAUUCCAUUCCAUUCUGUUGAACUACGGCUGAUUGAUGGUGAGGGUAAUUGGGAGCGUCGUUUGAUCAAACAAUGAGCUGACAAUGCCAAUGCCUGUAAUUAUUAUUGGCCUUCCCUUGCUCCCUUCUGCCCAUGGCUGCGCAAGCGAGUGACUGCUUAAUAAACAUUCUAUUGAAGUAGUUAACAAGCUCUGGUAAUGACUGUUCAGACACAUCAGUGGAGGCUGAUGAAGAAGCCCGUCAAAAGUAUAGGGAGGAUUGUUGUUAGGAUAAAAGUGCAGAUAAUAAUUUUUGAGCAUACAAAGAAUGUCAUAAGCUCCUGUAACAUAACAUAGAGAAAAUUGUCUAUGUACAGGCAUUUAUUUUGCUAUUUGAGGUCGUAAAUUCAUUUAUGUUGUAAAAUACGGUGCUUAAUUGUUUUGGUUAGCCCCGAUCAAUAAAAAUGGAAGGUAAAUUGGGUACCCUCUUUAGAUGA